CCUGUGGAGGGCAGUAAUACGCUUAGCAGCGUCUACACUGCCGGAAUCCUACAAUAAGAAGAAGAAGAAUCACGUGACUUCGUGGCCUCUACAGUGUAGCUACUUUGUUGUAAUGAGGUGGACACUAAUACAUAUUUAGUUCAAUUAUAUUUUAGAAACAGCUAUGGAUAUAACGCUGUACCUUAUAGCUGCUGCCGUCCUCAGUGUCCUCAUUUUGUUUGCGUUGAAGUUACGGAGGAAAACACAGGAAAUUGAUGAGGAGCAGCGGAGGGAUGUUGUCCAGGCAGUGGGGCCCCCACAGCGGGCAGCCGAGGAGCGAGGCGCUGGUAUGCCUCGCAGGAGGAGGAACCUUGCAGCGGUGAUGGCUAACCGAAGACCACAGAGAGAAGCUGUGGAACAGGAGGAGGAGCAUUCGGAGGAAGAAGAGGGGGAGCAGCAGAACUUUCAGACUGUGAAAGUUGGAGCCAAGAAGCAGAAGAAGCUGGAGGAGAAACAGGCCAAGAAAGUUCAGAGAGAGGCGGAAAUGGAGGAGAGGGAGGAGAGGAAAAGGAUGCAAGAGCUCAGAGAGCAAGAGAGACGUCAGGAGGAAGAGAGAGAACGACACCUGGAACAGAAACAGGAGGAGGAGGAGCGUCAAGCUAAAGAGGAGCAAGAAAGACGAGAGGAGGAGGAGUACUUAAAACUUAGAGCGUCCUUCGUCAUAGAAGACCAGGGAGAAGAGGAGCAGCUCACGGAGGACCAGUCACGCAACCUCCUGCAAGAAUUCAUACAGUACAUUGAGAGCUCGAAGGUGGUUCUCCUGGAGGACUUGGCUUCUCAUUUUGGGAUGAGGACACAGGAUGCUAUUGGCAGACUGCAGGACCUGUUAGCUGAAGGCUCCCUCACAGGAGUGAUUGAUGACAGAGGGAAGUUUAUCUCCAUCACUCCAGAAGAGCUGAACUCGGUGGCUAAUUUCAUGAAACAGCGAGGCAGAGUGUCCAUCACAGAGCUGGCUCAGGCCAGUAACUCUCUGAUCAACCUGAUGCCCGAGACCCGCAGCACCGCCUGAUGGACACCGUACUACUGCAGGACACCUGGAAGUGAGACUGCUGAAGGAUAUAAUCUGUGGGAAGAUUGCGCUCACCUGCUGACAAAAAGCAUAUUCUGAUUAUUCCGGACUGUUCAUCGGCUCUGCACUGGUGUUUGGUGCCCGGUGUUCUUUUAUUCAGGGCUCAGUAGGUUUCACUCUUCAUAUAGAUUUGGACUUGUUAGAUUUACCUUAAAGUUGAAAUUAACAAACAGUAACUGCUUUGUAUGACAUUCAAUUAGCAAUUAAAAAUGAUUUAACAUUGUGAAAGUCUUUUAUUAAGUCCUUUUGUUUUCUUUUUGGGCUUUUUUUACUGUGACAUGACUUUAUGACAAUGUCAUAUAAGGAAUAUAAGGAGAGGAUAAGAUGCCCCAAUGAAACAUAACUUCUUACCUAACAUGCCAUUGAGAUGUCCAAAACCUAUAUCUUUAAAUCCAUCUGAGUUGAUCCAUGUUUGACAAGAUGCACAGUAUGCAGUAUCUCUGCUUCUCGGCACAAAAGGAAAGCGGAAGAUGACGGACAUCUGGCCAAAAAGAGAGUAAUCUGGCAGAAUUUCCGGCAGCACCGGAUCAAUCAUGGAAGUGCAACAUCGUGGAAAUAGACUAGUUUGAACAAAUGUCAUUUUUGUAAGGAUUUAUAGUAUAUGUAGCACAAAUUACUUUGCUGUACUGAGUGGA